UUGAUGAUGUUCCUCCAAGUCCCAGAUUUCUUGUAAUAAACAUUCUUAAAGAUCCUCAGAUCCGUUUAAUUGAGAGGAAGGAGAAAAGGAAAACAAAAAUGAUGAAGAUGAUGAGAAACAAACCGACAAAUUUUCCGGCGGCGGCGACGGCGACUAACGGCGGCAGAGGUUCCGUUGGCGGCGGCAGGGAGUCAGGCGGUCAUGAAUGGGAAAUGAGACCUGGUGGUAUGUUGGUUCAGAAACGUAACCCGGAUUUGGAUCCUGUUGGACCUCCACCACCGCCUAUGAUCAGAGUUAGAAUCAAGUACGGUGCCGUCUACCAUGAGAUCAGUAUUAGUCCUCAAGCUUCAUUUGGGGAGCUAAAGAAGAUGUUGAGUGGACCAACGGGUAUACAUUAUCAAGAUCAGAAGCUAAUGUAUAAAGAUAAAGAGAGGGAUUCAAAGGCGUUUCUUGAUGUUUCGGGAGUUAAAGAUAAAUCAAAGAUGGUGCUUAUCGAAGACCCUAUUAGCCAAGAGAAACG